UACACUGUAUUUUUUUUUUUUUUUUGGUUUGUUUGUUGCCUUAUUGUUGCAUGUGGGAAUGCCCCAUGUUUUCUGACACCCAAAUGAGAUGUUUUACAUUCUAGAGAAAAGCUAGAGACAUGCUAUAUAAUGCCCGACUGGUUUUCCACCACAAAAUCUGCUGUCUCUUCAACUGCUCUGCCUGUCACUACAGCAAAAGAUGGCAUCAGGUUUUCACCUGGUUUUCCUCCUCUCUGUGACCAGUGGACUAUUCAUUGCAAGAACUAUGUCGCAGACAGUUGAGGAAGAGACAGGUCCUGCCUGUCCUCCUGAUUGGACUCAGUUUGGCUCUCGCUGUUACUUGUUCAAUUACAUAAUAAAGCCCUGGAUUGAUGCAGAGGCUGUGUGCAUUUCUCUUGGUGGGAAUCUGGCCUCAGUCCACAGUGCUGACGAAAAUGCCUUCCUCAGAGACUAUAUUCAAAGAAUGACUGGCGCCCGUGUACACACCUGGAUUGGUGGCUUCGAUGCAGUACACGAGGGAAGGUGGCAGUGGAGUGAUGGCUCAGCAUUUGACUACAAGCGCUGGAGUAUCGGGGAGCCAAACAACCUGGGAACGGAACACUGCAUUGAGAUGAACUGGGGAGGAAACUACUGGAAUGACAGCCGGUGUAACUACGCAAAACAUUUUGUUUGUGUCAGAGAUGCGUUGCAAUGAUGUAUCUUCCACAAUAACUUUACGUCUGUAAUGACAGGCUAUAAUGAUGGUAAUGUUAGCUUUACUGACAGUUAAUAUCAAAUCAAGUACUUCUGAAUCAAUAAACAGCAACAGAACUCUGUAUGAUCAUAAAUUCUGAUUUUUUUUUAGGAAUUUAGAGGAAAGUUGCCUUACUGAGCUGACUGAAGUGGAAUUUUAAAUCACGCCUUUAUUAAGAGGGAAAAAUAAUUAUCAUUUGAUUGUCUUUCUAGAAUGACAUUUGUU